AUGGCAACGAAAAAUCCUCUCACAAAAAUUGCUCGGCAACACGAAGUCACAUGGACGCAGCUGCAGAAAAGAAUAUCAGAUGUCCCGUACAUUUUCCAACAACUUUUUCCUGAUGAUAUGGAGACCUUUCUACGCCACAAAGCUUCGUCCAUCAAUAGCUCCAUUGGAUACAUCGUACCUGCCCUGCUUUCAACAACAGCUUUCUUGUCAGCGAAAAAUGGUUGCAGAGUUGCCACUGCUACUCACGAGCAACCGAUGAACAUUUACACGAUAUUUGUCGGUUACCCCGGCACUGGAAAAUCGUCAGCAAUUCAACACGGUUGUUUGGGACCCCUUGCAUCUUUGUUGGACAACGAAUUGAGCAGCUUCAUUCUUGACAGACCUACUUCCUCCGGCUUGGUUAAACACAUUUCAACGAAGCAAUCAACCUUCAUUGUCUCUCCUGAAAUCUAUGACGUCCUCAAUAAACUGCUCAAAAAUGAUGAAGACAACGCGAGCGGUGACGCGAUGUUACUAUGUAAACUUUUUUCCGGCGAAGCGUGUUCUUACACAUACUCCACAGAAAGCAACCGAGAUAUUCCAGCCAACACUCCUUUCGCUAUCCUCGGCUGCACGCAAAUGCCAAAUGCAGCAAAACUAAUCGCAAGAAUGGACCAAGGACAAGGCUUGAUCGACCGCUUUCUGCUAGCUGUACCAAAUGCUCUUUGCUCAACAUCAGACGAAGUUGAAAACGCAAGGGAACACCUCAGUACUGAACCUGAAGAUUUCCUUAAUCAAGUUUUCCACUACAUCAACGAGUGCCAACAAAAUCAACAAAAUGCUUAUGAGUUCCACGAUGAAGCUAAGCAUUUCCUGAAGAACAAAAAGGACGCCUUCGUCACGGAAGUCAAUGAAGCAAUACAGGACGGUUCUGUCAUCCCACCCAAAUCAAAACACAUGGAUUUGGUUCCGCGUGUUGCAGCUGCACUCCAUGUAUUCACUGCUGCGUUUACGAACGUAAGUGCUGGACACGAUGGAGAUCCCAUCCCCACUGUUAUUGACUUACAAACCUUACAGCGCGCUGAGAAGUAUGUUACCUACCUUGAGACUCAAAAAAAUUUGAUAUGCCAGGUAAAUAUAAACAUGUUCAUAUAAUAUUAGUAAGCAAUAGCUACUAGCUUUAAUGAUCUAAUACAUUUACUUUUCCUUAAAUUUACGAGUCACUAUUUUUUCACUGUAGUUUAUUAAGUCAAUUGUUCAUGAUGUUUGCGACGCCCCAAGAAGACAACCAACGUGUGCCGAUGUUAAAACUGCCAUUCUUCAGUUUCCCGGACCAGUUGUCACCUAUCGUACCUUCCGCCAAUCUGGACAGAGAUUUGUUCGUGGUUCAACAAAACAAGAAUACGACGACGCGGUGGAACAACUGAAACCCCAUUUGGGAUCAACUAUUUCAAUUCGCGUUGCAAGGAGUUCACAGCCUACUAAAGUGUUCGUGAAGAAAACACCUAGUCAUUCCGCCACAUGGCCUCAUUCAUCACUCUGUGAGUUCCAUAUUUACGUAGAGAAAUUCAAAAUGUCUAUCCACAAAUCUAUCACUAAGAGCAUUAAAGACUUUCUAUUACAACAGCAAUUGAUUACACUUGAACAAUAUAAUCAAUAG